UAUAUUACAAAUUUACAAGUCAAACAGAAAGUCCCUUUCUAAAGCCAACAGACAAUUCUUGUUUACUACAAUUUGUAUUUUGUAACAUUUGUAAAACCCCAAGUUGACAAAUUUUUUCCACUCAGUUUAUGACCCUAUGCUAUGGUUCUUGUCAAAGUUGCACACUAAUCUGCCAUUUCAAUGCUAAUAUUAAUCCAAUGAAGAAAACCCAUCGGCUAAAAAACGAUUCAAAUCACAAUAUUACUGUGCAGAAAUUUGCCACCAAAACCAAAGCUUCAUCAUCCAAAAGAUUAAAAAACAAGCACAAAUCAAAAGAAUAUUCAAAACCCAUCUCAGAAUCUGAAGAAAACCUCCCAAUACCUCAAAUUAACACUACCCUUAUAGCUUUCUUGGAUAAAAAUCCAAUCUUGAGUCGAAAUUUUUACCAAAUUGAUGCUCUUGAUCUUGCCCCACGUUUGCUUGGCAAGUUUCUUAGGAGGGAUGAUGUUGUUCUUCAGAUAACUGAGGUGGAAGCUUAUAGGCCAAAUGAUUCAGCUUGUCAUGGUCGAUUUGGCAAAACAGCUAGGACUGCACCUGUUUUUGGUCCUGGUGGUCAUGCCUAUGUCUACCUCUGCUACGGUCUCCACAUGAUGCUCAAUGUUGUAGCAGACAAGGAAGAAGCUGGAGCAGCUGUAUUGAUUCGUUCCUGCGCUCCCAUCUAUGGUCUGGGUACUAUUCAGCAGCGUCGGGGUUUAAAAACUGAGAAACCUGUUCUUCUUGCAGGUCCCGGAAAGGUUGGUCAAGCAUUAGGACUAUCAACAGAAUGGUCUAGCCAUGCUCUAUAUACUGCUGGCGGUUUAGAACUCUUAGAUGGGCCAGAACCAGAACAUAUACUUGUUGGUCCAAGAGUUGGUAUAGAGUAUGCUUUGCCAGAACAUGUUAAUGCAUUGUGGAGAUUUGCAAUCGCCGGUUCUUCAUGGAUCAGUGCCCCAAAAAAGACUCUCAGACCUCUUUAGCUCACCAAUUGGCGCCAUGAAUCCGUCCCCUCCCCCCAACCGGCCGGGAGGGGGGGGGGGG